CUGAAAGAGUCGGACACUGACACCAAGACAGACCUGAACCUUUGCCUAUUUAUUUGUCGUCAAAGAUUGCGCUCGUGACAGGAAUAAUAUUGUUUCUUCAAAUUGCUAGGCUAAAACACUUUCUGAAUCUAGAUGGAUUCUGCAGAAGACAAUGCAUUUUCAGAGGAAUUGGCCUCUUUGACGCUGAAGAAGGAGGACGAAGAUGAAGAGAGAGAAAGUGAGGAAGAAGAUGAGGAAGAGGAUGCAAGGAUCUUCAACACUUGGAUGAAUCAGUAUCGCAGCACUCAGAAGAAGAUUCAGGGAGAAGAGGAGGUCAGAGAAAGACCGCAGAACUCCGACGGCAUGGAGCCGCUGCAACAGAUGCGAGUUGGCCGGCGGGCAUCCCUGCCUUGUCCGGCAACUUUGACGGCAAUGCAGUUGUCUCGGCUCCAUUCAACCACCCGCGCACCAGUGACAGCAAAGGUUCUUCUUCGUCGCUCCUCCUCCCGUCGUCUUGUGCCCUCGUCCCAGGAUGUUUCCGUGCCUGCGCCUGCCACGGAACGAAGACCCUCUCUUAUCCCGCCAAUCCCUGAAGUGGUUGCUCCUGAGAAAAGAAGCCAUUUCAGGAGACGCAACGUAAUGUCUCUGAGUGAUGCCGACAGUCUGUGUAUGAUUUGUCACAAUGACCUAAAUAGAGGAAGUGGUGGCUCAAGAGAGCUUCAGUGUUCACACACCUUCCACAAGGAGUGUAUUGAAGAGUGGCUGUGGAAAAAGCAGUCAUGUCCCACAUGUCAGGUCCAGGUCUUUAUGCCCCAGCCGCUCUACUGGAGUUCCACCAGGGUCAAAGUUCCUUGACAGUGGAUGCUACUACAUCAUGAUUUGCUGCUUUGAAAUUAUCAGCAAAGAAACAGAUCAAGGACAUAUUCUUUCUUUAAGAUGCGGCCAAACCUUACCGUGGCAACCUCAGUGUAUGAAUGUGUGUGUUUAAGCUUAUCUAUUCUAGUGAGGCUCAAUUUUGGGGAGAACAACUUGGUGGGGCCCUCAUGUCGUUGUGGGGCCCUUUUGCCACACCCCUCAAGGUUAAGGCUCGAUUUGAGCAUGAAGACUUCAAAACAACAAGGUCACUAUAAUUAGAUUUAUCUUUGGUUCUGACUCCUGAUUAAGUAUAACCAUGUGUUUUGGAUGGUGAGGUUGAGGGGGAGAGGCUGGGGAAACGGUUAUGGCUAGGAGCGGACCCCACAAAGAUGAUGUGAUAAACCUGUGUGCGUGAGAAAACCAUAAAAAGCUGACUCUUUAAAUCUCCUACUUGUGAAUAUACUUGACAAAUGCAGUAUGUAUUGAUGUAUUGUACUACGCCAACACUACACAUGCUUUUUACCGUCUUCUGUCUAUUGUGUCUUUCUUGCACCGUCACCAAGACACACAAGAACUGACCAAAGAAAAAAUGGCCUCAAUUUAAAGCUACUUAAAUUUACCUACUAAAAUAUUAUGAAACAAGGAACUAAAAUAUAUAAUAUUGAUUGUAAAUAGUUUCAUUCUACAUAUAUUGUAUCUAAUGAGUUUCAAAACAAAUCCUAAAUAUUGGAAGCGCUGGGAAACAGAAUUGUGGAUAAAACAUGUAGUUAUGAUAUAAAGGCCCUUUGUUACCAGGUGUGUUCAAGCAAUAUUAAUUGCUAGAAAAAGGACACAUAUCAUCGCUGAAAAAGGAAAGCGCUAUAUCACCAGACAGCCAGUCAAGUGAAGCGUGCCAAUUCUUGCAACAUUUUUGAUGUUUUUGUUGAUGUCUGAAGAAUUUUAUAACUACAAUAGAGUAACUACAAAUUCUUUGCAAUAUAUAGACUUAUUCUUCCUUAUUCUCAUUGGAGCACAAUGGACGAAUUUUAUUUAAUUUAUAUUUUAAUUGUAUCAUUUUAAUUCCAUUUAUAUUUUAUCACACAUCAAAGGCAAACAGGUGAGACGAGUACACAUGGAAAGCAAGCUUGUUGACAAUAGCCCAUCCCCAGUCAGUUCAUUCCAUCCAGCCAUCCGAGGUGGAAACAACGACGCCUGUUCACUGUCUGUUUGGAAAUAGUACUGCAGCCGGAAGUAACGCACCUGACGCUGGUCGCUCGCUUACCUGGACCCCCGACAAGCGCGUGAACCCCGAGUUGUUCGCGUCUGAAGAACGAACCCGAUGGAUAAACUGAAGCGCGUUCUCAGCGGGUCGGACACCGCCAACUCCGACGGAAGCGGGAUAAUAGAGAGGGCUAAUGAGGCAACAACUCUCUCGUGUGGGACCAGAGUCAAGGGCUUUUUCUUCUGUUCUUUGUUGGGUGUCGUCUGCUCCGUUGUGGGAACCAGUCUGCUGUGGAUUCCCCGGUUUGGCCUCGCUGCAUUCGCCAUCCUCUAUAGUAUAGGAAACAUCUGCUCUAUGGGAAGCAUCAUGUUUCUGGCGGGGCCCUGCAGACAGAUCAGAUCCAUGUGUGCUCCAGAGAGAGCAAUUGCCGUUUCGGUCAUGAUGGUAUGUCUGGCCUUGACGCUUUGUGCAGCUUUCUGGUGGAAGAAUAAUGGCCUUGCUCUCCUCUUCUGUAUCCUGCAGGCUCUGGCCUUUACAUGGUACGGACUGUCAUACGUUCCCUUCAUAAGAGAUGGGAUCAUCAAAUUAUGUACUUUUUGCCUCUAAAAGUCACACGUCGACCCUUCAGGAGAGGCAGGGUAAUCCUGCGACUGAUCUCCAUAGACUCUUGUCUUUGGUGUCUGUUUCCUUUGCAAACACUGUUUCAAUACUUCAUCUUCUGUUGGACUGUUGAGGUGGAGCACCGUGGAGAGGCCACCCCGGAACACACUGAGCCGCUAAAACACACCCUCACACUAAUGUGUACAAACGGGUUUUACGUGUGUAAGUUUCUAUUUAUUUGUUUUAUGCUGCAUAACAGCUGGGAGCGAUAACUCCUCCUAUUUAUCAACCAUGCCCUCAGAGGGUCGCUGUCUUACAUAUCUUCUUGUUACACACUGCGUCAUGCGAUUGAGACGGGCUUGAAACGCUCUUAAUGAUUUAGUGACACUGCCACAUUAUAAUUUAGGGAGGAUGAGAGUGUGCUGUGCCAGUGCAGCGAGUGAAAGUGUGCAAGUACUCCGGAUGAGCUGAUGAUUGUGUACUGAUGGCAGUCUGCGCCAUGGACUCUGUAAGAACCGUGUGUAUUUAUGUUGGUUUGGAAUUGUGUCAAUUACCUUAUUUAUUUGAAGCAAUACAGAGCAGGUAGCUAUUUUCUCUCACCAUUGUGGCUUCACUGUUGUUUCAUCUGUACUACAGCUACUCAAUUUUAGUUUCUUCCAUUGAGUUGACUGUUUAAUAGCCUUACAAGAGUCGAUCCAUGCAAUGUAAGCAGUUACUCUGACUGUCUUUGUUUUUAUAGGAAAUGUGCAUGUGUUCCCUUCAAUCGUAUCGGUGCCUUUGAAAGAUUCAAAAUUUGCACUGUCAAAAUACAGUGUUAUAAAGCAAGAAAAGAAUAAAAAAAAUAUUUCAUUUGAGUUGCUGUCACCCUGGGAUUGUAGUAAACCCUGACGUGAAACAUAACAGAGUAGGUGAAACUAGACUUCAAGUUUGCACCGCAAUUAAGCGUCUUUCCACCUGUGCAGAAGUUAUUUUGCGUUUUGUGAUUAUAAACUUACGACGGUGCGCCUUUUUCACAGCCCUGGAAUGAGCAGGAUAGGGUUAAUUUAAGUUAAGUCGAAACGUAAUACCUUGAUGCAAAUUUAAUGAUUCAUUUAUGGAUAGAUAGAUUCACAGCACAAAAGCAAGAGUUUCUCUCAGCUUUUACUCAUAUCACAAUUUUGACAAACUCAAGAACGAAAAUUCUGAUGUUGCCUCUCAUUCUAUUUUAUUUCUAGAUAUGCGUGAUGAAAACAAUAUUUUGUGAUCGUAGUCUGCACAACUGAGACUCAAAUACAUGCAUGUCAAUUAUUUUUCUUUUUCCUAAUGGUGCUGCGUUUCUGCUCAUCCUGAAUGCAAUGCAGCCAUAUGUACAGGUUGACCCCUAGUGGUGACCAAUCACCGGUCCUUUUUCAGUACAUGAGAAAAGUACCUUUUUGCUGGAUCUUUAAUUUUUCUUCAUUCUUAAAUUAAUAACAUUGUUACAAAAAUCAGCUAUUUCAGUCAUUUCAUGUCGUCAUACAAACAUGAAAGUGGAUUUAUUUGUCUUGUGCUUUAUGAAGUGGAAUUGUCUGGUUCGUCCUCAUUUUUAGCUGCAACAUGUCACAUGACGGGAAGUAGACCUUCUCAUAAAUCCAAAUGAAUUGAUAAUACAAAACGACAAAAUAAUAAGUAUAAUUUUACCAAUAGCCCUCAUUAAAACAAGAGGAAAUGCAUGAAUAAUUUUAGCAACAGUUGCCCUUUUCUACUAGGCUUGACAACCUGUCUCCCAAAAUUCCUGUGCACGUGCCUGAUGGGUGGACAAAACA